AUGAAAACAUUACCAAGAAUUGGCUUUUCUCUUCAAACUCCUUCAUUAGUUCGUUUGUUCGCUGUUCCAGGCUCAUUAACGGUCAUAAAGCGCAAUAUGGCUCAACAGAACGUAAAAUUAGCAUUAAUUGAUCUUAGUGGAACUCUGCACGUCGAUGAUCAACCGACCGAGGGAGCGGUGGAUGCCUUAAAGAGACUUCGUUCCCACGGCGUGAAAGUGAAAUUCGUAACGAAUACAACGAAGGAAAGCGUCGGUUCCCUGUUCGACCGGCUGCGCAAAAUAGGAUUUGAGCUGGCACGGGAAGAAAUUUAUGGAUCCCUGGCAGCCGCUGCCGAAUAUGUGCGGAAAAAUAACCUCAAUCCCUUCUACCUCUUGACGGAUGAUGCGCGCACCGAUAUGCCUCCGAACGACGCCACACGUCCUACGGAUUCAGUUGUGGUGGGCCUUGCACCGGAACGUUUCUGCUACGAGUACCUGAACGAAGCUUUUCGUGUAUUACGCCAAACAAAAGAUGUUCAGCUAGUGGCCAUACAUGAAGGACGAUAUUAUAAAGCGAAGGAUGGUAUCGCACUUGGCCCUGGAUGCUUUGUGAAAGGGCUGGAAUACAGCACGGGAGUACCGGCUGUCUGCAUUGGUAAACCAAAUGAAUACUUUUUCCGCUCAGCCCUACCAGAAGACGUGGCGGUUGAGGAAUGCGUCAUGAUUGGUGAUGAUCCAACGGACGAUUGUCUCGGGGCGAUGCGCAUAGGAAUGAAGGGUUACCUGGUAGAGACGGGUAAAUAUCAGCCGGAUAUGUUCACCAAAGCAAACCGGCCGGCAGUGAGUGGCAUCUUUGCCAAUUUCGGCGAAGUAGUGCAACAUAUAAUUUCUAACAACCAGUAA